AAUGCAGGCUACGCCGAGAUUAUCAAUGCAGAGAAAUCUGAAUUCAAUGAGGAUCAAGCCGCCUGUGGGAAGCUGUGCAUCCGGAGAUGUGAAUUUGGGGCUGAAGAAGAGUGGCUGACCCUGUGCCCAGAGGAGUUCCUGACAGGCCAUUACUGGGCACUGUUCGAUGGGCACGGCGGUCCUGCAGCAGCCAUCUUGGCUGCCAACACCCUGCACUCCUGCUUGCGCCGGCAGCUGGAGGCCGUGGUAGAGGGCUUGGUGGCCACUCAGCCCCCCAUGCACCUCAAUGGCCGCUGCAUCUGCCCCAGUGACCCUCAGUUUGUGGAGGAAAAGGGCAUCAGGGCAGAAGACUUGGUGAUCGGGGCAUUGGAGAGUGCCUUUCAGGAAUGUGACGAGGUGAUCGGGCGGGAGCUGGAGGCCUCAGGCCAGGUGGGCGGCUGCACAGCCCUGGUGGCUGUGUCACUGCAGGGAAAGCUGUACGUGGCCAAUGCUGGGGAUAGCAGGGCCAUCUUGGUGCGAAGAGAUGAGAUACGGCCACUGAGCUUCGAGUUCACCCCAGAGACUGAGCGGCAGCGGAUCCAGCAGCUGGCCUUUGUCUACCCUGAGCUUCUGGCUGGCGAGUUCACCCGACUGGAGUUCCCUCGGCGGCUGAAGGGGGAUGACUUGGGACAGAAGGUUUUGUUCAGGGAUCACCACAUGAGUGGUUGGAGCUACAAACGUGUGGAGAAAUCGGAUCUCAAGUACCCACUGAUCCAUGGACAGGGUAGGCAGGCUCGGUUACUAGGAACACUGGCUGUCUCCCGGGGGCUGGGAGACCAUCAGCUCAGAGUCCUAGACACGAACAUCCAGCUCAAGCCCUUCUUGCUCUCUGUCCCACAGGUGACUGUGCUGGAUGUGGGCCAGCUGGAGCUACAGGAGGAUGAUGUGGUUGUCAUGGCGACUGAUGGACUCUGGGAUGUCCUGUCCAACGAGCAGGUGGCAUGGCUGGUGCGGAGCUUCCUCCCUGGGAACCAAGAGGACCCACACAGGUACUGUAGCUGCUGGGGACCUGCCUGGGCCUGGGUUGGUGCCAGCAGCAAGCCCAAGUAGUUAUGGCUGAGAAGAUAGCACUGACAAUGAGCUGGCAGCUGGCCAGGAUCAGGGCUGUCUCAAGCUUCUUGGAGGAGGAGGGGAGACUAGGGUUCCAAAAAUCCCUGGAUAU